AUGUGUUCAAAAUUGCAUAUAGUUCUGUUAGUCGUGUAUAUAUCCAAUGUUGCACUUUCGAAGCUGUUCGAGUCUGAGGAAGUCGUACCUGUUAAGAUUAGAGGGAGAAACAGCGGUCGUUUUUGGAAAAGGAGCGAUGAGCAGCCGAUUUUCAAACUUGUCGCUUUUGGUAAAGACUUUACCUUAAGUUUGACACCGGACGACAGCUUCUUAGCUCCAACUCUAAAGAUUCAGCGCAUUAAAGCGAAUGAUCUUUCUGUGCUACUCAACGCUACCGCCUCUCCAGAGAGAAAAGUGCCUUCUCCAAACGCUGACACCGAUCCCCUCAAAAAUAUUAAAACAGAAGAAGCCGAAGAAGAUUUAAGAAGCUGUUUCUACUCUGGGACUGUAGACUUUAACCAAGACUCUAUUGUUGCUGUCAGUCUGUGUUACGGGAUCCAGGGAUCGUUUAUAACAGAGGGAGAUGAGUACCUGAUACAGCCGAAGCUGUCUGGUACCAGGAAACCGGAGAAAUCCACCUCCCAGGUGCAUGUGAUCAAAAGACGGUUAGACACCAACACUAAAAGCAACCAAAAAAUCACAUUCGAUCAAGUGGAGGAUGGAAGCCAAGGAGAGUCCGCAAGAAGCGCUUUACCCGAGGAGGACGCCGAUGCGCCGGAGACGCGGCGGCAGAAGCGCUUUGCGUCUGCACCCAGAUAUGUGGAAACUUUGGUGGUGGCAGACUCCGCAAUGACACAUUUCUACGGAGACGAGAUAAAGCACUACCUUCUCACCCUCAUGUCCAUGGCAGCGCAGAUCUACAAGCACCCCAGCAUUAAGAACUCGGUGAGCGUGGUGGUGGUGAAGAUGCUGGUGGUGGAGGAUGAGGAGCUGGGCCCAGCAGUCUCCAGCAACGGGGGUGUGACCCUGCGGAGCUUCUGUGCCUGGCAACAGAUGUUCAACCCACCCAGCCAGAGACACCCCGAGCACUACGACACAGCCAUGCUCUUCACCAGAUCGGACAUCUGCGGACACCAGAGCUGCGAGACUUUGGGGGUCGCUGAGGUGGGCACCAUGUGUGACCCCAAGAGAAGCUGCUUAGUCAUCGAGGAUAACGGCCUCCAGGCCGCCUUUACUGCUGCUCAUGAGUUAGGUCAUGUUCUCAGCAUGCCGCAUGACGACUCCAGGAACUGCGAGAGGUUGUUUGGUGCGCUGGGAGAAAACCACAUGAUGGCCCCUCUGUUUGUCGAGCUCAAUAAGACCCUGCCCUGGUCUCCGUGCAGCGCUCUCUACAUCACCGAGUUCUUCGACAACGGACACGGGGACUGCCUGCUGGAUGCCCCGGAGCAGACCCUGCCUCUCCCCGAGGAGCUGCCAGGACAGGUGUACAGCCUGGACCGGCAGUGUCAGCAGAUUUUCGGGGAGGAGUUCGCCCACUGUCCCAACACCUCGGACUCGGACGUGUGCAGCCAGCUGUGGUGCAGGGAGGGGGGGCAGCCCCACUGCAGCACCCGAAACGGCAGCCUGCCCUGGGCUGACGGGACGCCCUGCGGCUCCAACAGGUCCUGUCUACACGGCGCAUGUGUGCCCACGCAUGAGGUCACGCAGCCAAAGGCGGCGGUGGAUGGCAGCUGGGGGGCGUGGGGGCCGUGGGGACAAUGCUCCCGGACAUGCGGAGGGGGGGUGGAGUUCUCCCACAGGGAAUGCUCUGACCCCGAGCCCCAGCAUGGAGGGAGAUACUGCGAGGGACAGAGAGUCAAGUACCAGUCCUGCAACACCCAGGCCUGUGAGGACAACAAUGGAAAGAGCUUUAGAGAAGAGCAGUGUGAGAAAUACAACAGCAACAGCUACCUGGAUAUCCAUGGCAACAUGAAGCAAUGGAUCCCAAAAUACGCAGGUGUGUCCCCACGGGACAGGUGCAAGCUCUUCUGCAGAGCCAGAGGAAGCAGCGAGUUCAAGGUGUUCGAGGCCAAGGUCAUUGAUGGCACCACCUGCGGUCCUGACACCACCUCCAUCUGUGUGCAAGGCCAGUGUGUUAAAGCGGGCUGCGACCUGGUGAUUGGAUCCAAUAAGAAGCUGGAUAAGUGUGGCGUUUGCGGCGGGACAGGGCUAAGCUGCAGGAAGAUCAGUGGCUCCGUGAACAAAGCAAUUUAUGGUUACAGUGACAUUGUGACCAUCCCCGCCGGGGCCACCAACAUCGACGUGAAGCAGCGCAGCCACCGCGGAAUCCCGCACGACGGAAACUACCUGGCGGUGAGGAGGGAGGGCGGGGCCUACAUCCUGAACGGGAACUUCUCCGUGUCCACGGUGGAGCAGGACAUCCCGGUGCUGGGGGCAGUGCUGAAGUACAGCGGCUCCUCCACCACGCUGGAGCGAAUUCAGAGCUUCCGCCAGCUCCGUGAGCCAAUCACCAUCCAGCUGCUGGCCACCGCCGGCGACGCCUCGCCCCCCAAGGUCAAGUACAGCUUCUUCAUCCCCAAGGAUGUCUCCUUCAGCAGGUCCAAAGAGAAGAAGCUGUCCGUGCAUGUGAUCCAGCCACUGGGCGUAUCCCAGUGGAUGCUGGGUGAGUGGUCGGAGUGCUCCAAAUCAUGUGGCUCCGGCUGGUCCCGCAGGAACGUGGAGUGCAGAGACGACAGCGGCUUCCUGUCUCACCUGUGCGACAGAGACCUGAAGCCCGCGGACAUUCGGCCGUGCGCCGACCUGCCCUGCCCCAUCUGGCAGAUGGGCCCCUGGUCUGCCUGCUCUCGAACCUGCGGCCAGGGGGAGCGCAGGAGGAGCGUCCUAUGCAUCGACUACACCGGGAAGGUGGUGGAGGCCGGAAAGUGCGACCAGGCCAAGAAGCCCGCCCCCGUCUCCGGAGAGUGCCUCUACCAGGAGUGCUGAGGGCCGAGGGGCGGGGCCAACAGUGGGGGCAGCCAAUAGCAGGGAGGAGUAGAGUAGCCAACUACUAACCACCCCCCCGACCGUGCUUAGCAGACAAGCAGGGAAACCGUAGGGUCGGAAUGGAGAGAAGAGUGCACUAACUGAGGGGAGUCAGAAUCACCCAGC